UUUUUAUUACUCAAUAAGCGCUCACUCCUAAGGACGAUGAUAAAAAAAUAACAACUAAAAUGGAUGAAAUAAAGCAAAAUUCACUUUUAAGUUUCAAUCAAGAUCAAUUGCAAGAUAUUAGGAAACAGUUUGGUUUUGAAGAUGUCAAAGUGUUGAACCAAGUGCUGGAUGCCUUAGAAGAAUGGAUCGCUAAACAAAAUCACUUCACUGUAAGAAAGUUCGAUCGCGGCUACUUGGAGCGUUUCCUGAUGAACUGCAAGGGAUCCUCCGAAAAGACUAAACAGAAACUGGACAAACUGUGCGCGGCGAGGUUCCUGCUGCCCGAUUUCUUUGCAAAUUUCAACAUAAAAGAAGAGUUUAAAACAUUGUUCACUAUGGCAAAUAUAGCGAUUCUGCCGAAGCCCACCAAAGACCACUACCGGAUCCUGCUGUUUGAGCUCCACAGCGAUAGCUUCGAGAAGUACAACCUCCUCCACUCUGCCCGGUAUUGGAUAGCGAUGCUAGAGUACCUCCUGACCCAGGACUACCCGGCCGGAGCGAUAUGGCUGUGCGAUGAAGCCUACGCAAUGAGGCUGCAGACAAUAUACCUGAUCAACUCGUCGAAAUUCAUCAACACUCUCGUCGGCAUGUUGAAACAAGCUCUUAGUGACAAGCUGAAGGAACGUAUCCAGGUGCUGAGCACUCCGGAGGAGCUGGUCGAAGGGCAUUUGGACCGGGAGAUCAUGCCUGCUGAAUAUGGUGGCGAUCUUCCGUCAAUUAAGGAACUGGCUGAGAUGACAUACAAGGCUCUGUCCUCUGAGCAGCACGUUCUGCGCAUGCGCACGGCGGCGGCGGAGGCCACCAACGAGGCGUGCCGCAGCCACACGAGGUUCAACCAGGACAUCCUCGGCAUGCCCGGCUCCUUCAAGACUUUCAGCUCAGACGAUGUAUUAAACUUAUCCAAAAUGAAUGAAAUUAAACCAAAUCCGUACUUAGUUUUCAACAAAAAUCAGUUGCAAGAAGUAAGAAAAAGGUUUGGUUAUGAAGAUGUGAGAGUUUUGAACCAAGUGCUCGAUGGAAUAGAACAAUGGAUUGCGAAACAAAAUCACUUCACUGUAAGAAAGUUUGAUCGUGAUUACUUAGAACGCUUCCUGAUGUACUGCAAGGGCUCCGCAGAAAAAACUAAACACAAACUGGACAAACUGUGCACAGCUAGAUUUUUGUUGAAGGAGUUUUUUUCAAAUUUUAACAUGAAGGAAGAGUUUGGAACACUUUUUACAAUGGCGCGUAUUAUUAUCCUACCAAAACCUACAACGGAUCACCAUCGCAUAUUUUUGUUUGAAUUUCACGGCGACAGUUAUGCACAGUACACACACAUGAGCACUGCCAGAUAUUGGAUAUCGCUUUUGGAGUUUCUUUUGACGCAAGACUACGCAGCCGGUGCUAUAUGGGUGUGUGACGCGAGGAAAAUCAACUACGAGCUGAUCACCAAAAUGAACCCCUUGAUUGUUCAGAAAGCAAUUACCAUUGUCACUGAAACAUACGCUAUGAGGCUACAAAAGAUAUACCUGAUCAACUCGUCAAGGUUCCUGAACACACUCCUGAUGAUGCUGAAACAAGCUCUUCCGGAGAAACUGAAGAGCCGGAUCGAGGUGCUGGGCUCCCCUGACGAGCUGGUGGAAGGACACAUAGACCGGGAGCUACUGCCGGCUGACUACGGAGGCGAUCUGAAGUCUAUAGCUGAUCUUGCAGACGAAUCCUUCAAGGCAGUCUGUUCUGAGUCACACAUUAUGCGCAUGCACACGGCGGCGGCGGAGGCCACCAACGAGGCGUGCCGCAGCCACACGAGGUUCAACCAGGACAUCCUCGGCAUGCCCGGCUCCUUCAAGACUUUCAGCGUCGAUUAAAGCAAUUAAAUCUAUUUGGUGAUC